GUAGGCUGCCAGUGCCUUUGACGCGGUCGGAUUACCCUGUUCGAGCUCUCUUCCUCUGUACGACCCACCCGGGCCCACUCUUUUACCCUCUCUGACCGCUCUCCUUGCCUACGCUGAUACUGAGGACAUCUUCCGGAGUAUCAAACUGACUGACGCACUUCCUGCGCACUCUACCACCGGCCCCACCCAUCUGACUUUCUUGGAGGUUCUUUACGUUAGAACAAGCCCAACACAUGCGCGUUUGAUAAGCCUCUUUUAGUUCGUGUUUGUGUCUGGACUCGACGCUUCAAAAGUACAUAAGCUAUAAUACCCCUCUUAUCGACAUACCCUCGACGUCAACGGUUAAACGCACGAUCGUCUGGGCUUCUUUGCUAUGCCGCCACCUCGAAGUUGGACGUCUCCCCCUACAAGGCGAGAGAUAACGUUGCUUUUGUUCUCUUUCACAAUAUUUGUGCUGUCGUACAAUUUGGAGACGUCGUUACGAGUCGUUGGAGUUAGUCCGACAAAGUUGAAUGCUGGCUAUCUCUCCACGCUUGGUUUUGGAAGCAAAGACCCUGGACUAGAACCUGACGGACGUAGACCGGUUGAAUGGCGAGACGAACUGGAGAAGUUGAUAGUUGGAGAAUGGGAGUGGAAACAAGGUCAGAUAGCUUCUGUGGAACAUGCACAGGAGAGCCUCUUCCUCAAACCGUUGCCUGAGAGUGGAGAAGUUUCGACGUAUAUCUAUAAAGCGGGCGCAGGCAAGACGGCUUCUAGGAGUGCAACGCGGGAAGCGAUUGGUGUUGGGUUGACGAAGGGUGUUUCGAUUGGCGAGCAAUUUGUGAGAUGGGGAGAGAGGAUCCCGGAGACGAGGGCGUUGGUUCAUGUCCCAGGAUACACUAUCUUUGAGAAUUUGUUCGUUUUGAAUGGAACUUUCUACCUUGUUGCGGACAAACCUUCGUCACUGCCUCCCCUUGGGUCGAUUGCUUCGUCUUUGACUGAUCGGUCGCAAGCACCUACUCCUAAAGAUUGGCGAAUCAUCAGCAAAGAAGAAGCCUCAACCCUCUUCGGCUCCUUUGGUGGCAGAAUAUUUGGAACCAGUUGGUUAACCACAGACCCAGCGGACGCUCAAGAUCCAUAUACGCUCUUCUCUCUCUAUCGUACACACAGCUCGUUGCUUUCCCCUCACUCAUCUGGCGCUUUCACGUCAUCGUCUGGUUUGCGGAUCAUUCCUGCAGGCACGACAGGUAUCGAUAACGUUUCGCCUCCUGUACGACUUAUCUUCCCUUCUGUACCAUCAUUCUCCAGUCCAGGUUUACCGCCAGCAGACGCUAACCCGAAGACACACCCUCCAUUGAGAAUCAAAUCAUACAAUGGAUUACAUCCUCAUUUGCUGAAGGCAGUCUUUCCUACCAUGGGCAUCCUGUACUCCGAAGACUGGAAAGACUACGUCGACAUGCACGUUGCGUACAUGUAUGAUCGCAUCAUUGUCGCAGAUAGCGGAGCAGCCGAACGCGGUCGCGAACAGUGGACAGUGGGUUGGAUCCCUCCUGCCCCCAAGAAAAGUGGCAAUAACGGUGAACUUCGUCGACGGGAUGAAGAAUUCCAAGUGUCUGACACCCGGGAAGACGUAGAAGCUAGGAGGAGGGCAGAGGAGGAUCAAGCAGGGAAACCCGUUUGGGCAGCACCUUUCGUUGGCCUUAACGCGCCUGAUGAUUGGUGGACGCCUGUUCGCGAAGCUUUGCUCUCGUACUUGCGACUUCCUUCCGAUUUCGAAAGCAGCAACAAACAAACGAAGACCCUAUCGACUCCUCCAUCGAGGACACCUAUCCUUACAUACGUUUCUAUGCAAAUGGAAGCUGCGAGUGCGGGACCGAGGUUGAGGACUGAAGAUCAUGCAGCGCUUUUGAGAGGUUUGAGGAAGUUGGAGAAGGACGGUGUGUUGGGUGGUGUCAAUGUUGUUCGUGGGAAUGGGAGUAUGGAUGUUUGGGAGGAUAGGAUGAGUGCAAUCGCUCAGUCUUCUAUCGUGAUUGGUCCCUAUGGUCCUCAUCUCGCCGACAGCGUAUUCAUGCCCGCCCCUCUUCCUUCAUCACCAUCACAAGAAGGCCACCAGUCCAUCGCUCCAGUGCUCAUGGAGUUCUUCCCUCCGGGAAUGUUCAGAAGAGAUCAAGAAUAUGCCGUACGGUCAUUAGGUUCACGAUACAUCGCAUGGUGGAAUGAACGCUUGUUCUUUUUGUUUUUGCAUCACAUGUAGGAAAUUCGCGGGAAACUCUCUGCCGCCGGUUAUGGGCUUCUCUAAUGAGAGGCUACCGCAUUUGAAUGGGGUAGAGAUAAGUUUGGAUACUGAUGUGGUCAUUCAAGCGAUCCGGGAAGAAGCGAGGCGCAUAGGUUAUAGAGAACGUAAAAAGUGAGGUUUGUUGUUGAUGGACAGUUCGGGAUUAUUGUAUAGGGUAGAGCUUCUUAUAGAGCAUAAUGGGACCUAAUUUAUUAGGAUAGC